AUGGCGAUUGAAGGACUCGGAAUAUCCGUCAUGUGCGUGACGUGGAUAUUUACCACCAUUUCUAUCGCUGUUGUUUUGGGGCGCAUCUAUACUCGAAGCCGCGUGCUGAAGCGGAUUACCAUUGACGACUACCUCGCUGUCUUUACUCUACUAUUGUCCUUGGGCAACGCCAUACUCCUGUCCAUCUCCUGCUACUAUGGCCUCGGUCAGAGUAUCACUAGCCUCGCAGACCCCGCGCGAAUCUCCAACACGGUCAAAUACGUCUACCUUUGCGAGUUCUUCUCCAUCAUGUGCCCGUGCUUCGGUCGCAUCUCCUUCGCCCUCAUGCUCCUCUCCCUCACGCCGCCGACCGUCACGCGCCGCGGACUCCUCUGGACCGUCAUCAUCACCGCCUUCGUCAUCGACCUGGGCACGCUCAUCAUCAGCUUUUCGCAGUGCAGACCCAUCGCCGCGUUUUGGGACGGCCGCGAUAACCCGGACUGCUGGCCGAAGCAGGUGCAGCGAGACGCUGGUUUUUUCCAAGGGUCCUACGGAUCGGCGGUGGAUUUGACACUGGCGGCUUUUCCGGCCAGCUUGUUCUGGAAUCUGCAAAUGUCUCUCAAGCAGCGAAUCAGCUUGAGUGCCAUGAUGGGAUUCGGCGUCUUCGCCAUGGCUGCGUCCAUCUUCAAAACGGUAGAGCUGCAAGCAAUCACCAGCACAGAGAACGUAACAUAUGAAAUGGCCAAACUCGCCAUCGGAUGGACUCUUGAGGCAAACUUUGUCCUCAUUGCCGCGUCGAUCCCAACAUUACGGCCGAUUCUGAAAAGCAAGAAGCAGCGAGAGAGUCACAGCAGCUAUAGCCAGCGCUCCGCAAAAAUUCGUAGAAACAUCCAGUUUCCGUUUGAGGAGCUGGAUGAUGACGCGCUGCACGGGGCCACUGUCGAAACAAAGGGAGACUCUGACAAUUCGGCCUACCAACUGAGCAAUGUGUCUCACAGCGACGAGGUUCCAUUUCAAGAUGCUGACAGAAUCCGUCGGGAUAUUACCGUUGCUGUCUCAUACGAGCGGUCAUGA